UCAUCUAAUACUUUCCACCAAUCACAGAGCUUCGCGCCAGAAUCCUUCCCAUUAUGACAACAAAAGUGAAAAACAUUCGUCUGUAAUAUAAUUAUUGACCGAAUACUCAAUGAAAAGGCCGUAAAGCAUAACAAAAAUUAAGAGAGAAGCAGUGUUAAUUACGUAUCCUGAGAUGCAAGGCGAGAGCAGAAGAUUUUCUUGGCAGUAAAGAACAAUAAUCAUCUAAAACAAGAACGAUUUGUCUAUUUAUGUCGUCCUGAGGAAGAAAAGUUUGUUUUUAUUUUCUCAUCAUGUCUCUCAAGAGUCAUAUCACCAAUGUAUUUAAGAUGCACGGUCUGGCCAUCCGAAGUGAUGGAGCCAAGUACCUGUGUGAACUUCUGGAGCCGCUUCCAAAAGACGAACACGAAGAAUGGAUUGAAAAAGUUGUGGAGGCCGUUCAAAAGCUACCCAUUAACUCCACAAUGAUAUCAAAGGAUGCUAUUCACAAGGCUGCUCAGGAUGUUAGUGCAUCAGAAAAUGAUGAUAUGGAAAACCUUCUUCAAAUUAUUGACAUCUUUAAAGUUCCAAAGUUAAUGUACCAUAUUGAGCGAAGAAAAUUCAUGCUAGCACCCACUGUUGCAAGGAAUCUUCAUGGGGAUGCACCAGAUAAGGCCACUCUCUUUAGAGACAGGUACACCAUGGUAUAUCAGCGAACAUGCAACCACGAGCUUUUUCGCCGUCCUGCAGUGGGUGCCAAUGAAGAUAAGAGAUUUGGUCUGAUGAAGGUUGAGUUCCUGUUAGGAUCAAGCAGUCGGCAGGAUGAUGUAGUGGUAUUAGGCCUGUUAACUCAGCUAGUGGAGGGCCAGCAUCAUUUGGAGGAUGACACAGGAGCUGUAACUCUUAACCUAACUAAUUCCAAGUUUCACACAGGUUUGUUUACUCAAAACUGUUUUGUCCUGGUGGAGGGUUGGUAUGAAGAUGGUGUCCUACAUGCCAAUGCUGUGGGCCUCCCUCCUCCUGAAACACCAAACUCAACGAGAGCACUUUUAGGGAAUGUGAACUACUUUGGAGGCCAAGGAAAUGUUUGUGCAAAAAACGUUCUCAAGCUACAGCAAGCUGAACAGGAGAACCAAGAGUCUAUGUUUGUGGUGAUGUCAGAUGUAUGGUUGGAUAAGAUAAAGGUAAUGGAGAAGUUGAGAACACUUUUCACUGGUUAUGCACAGUUUCCACCAACAGCAUUCAUAUUUUGUGGUAACUUCUUGUCAGCUUGUCACGGAUCUCAGCAGGCUGCAGAUGUCCGUCAAGCACUGUCUGCAUUGGGUGACCUUAUUGCUGAAUUCCCAGAUUUGCAGACCAAUUCGAAGUUUAUUUUUGUUCCUGGACCGAGUGACCCUGGCCCAAGUAACAUAUUCCCAAGGCCUCCCUUACCUAAGUAUGUAACAGAUGGUAUCAGACGGAAAGUUUCAAAUGCAGAAUUUGUGAGCAAUCCAUGCCGCCUCCUGUACUGCACACAAGAGAUUGUUAUCUUCCGAGAGAACAUUGUAGCUAAAAUGUGCCGCAACUGUGUGUACUUUCCAAAUAACUCUGAUGAUAUUCCUGCUCAUUUUGCAAAGACUAUGAUCUGCCAAGCACAUCUUGCUCCAUUGCCUCUUCAUGUCCUGCCUGUAUACUGGGGACUAGACCACUGCCUUGCCUUGCAUCCCACUCCAGACCUCAUCAUUACAGCUGAUAAGGGAGAUGCCUUCACUACAGUACAAAAUCAGUGCAUUGUUAUGAAUCCAGUAAUAUCUUCAGCCAAGUGGACAGCCAAAUUGGAGAUGAGGAUAUGUAGGAAAUCUUAA